CAUUCAGUGCUACAUUACUCUUUCGCCGUACGGUCCAAGAAUCAACUUGUCCAAGAUGUAUAAGGUCAUUGUGCUGCUUUCUCUCGUCGCUCUUAGCUGUGCCCUCCUUGGAGGAUACGAAACCGUCGAUCCCAAUGAUGAAGAAGUGGUGAAAGCCGCCAACGAAGCCGCCAAGGUGUUGUCCAAGCAGUUUUCUGGAAAGUUCCACCACAAGCUCGCCAAGGUUCUGAAGGCUAAGAGACAGAUCGUGGCUGGUACCAACUUCCAGAUGGACAUCAUAGUCGGACAGACUUUCUGCACGAAGGAUGAGUACGUGUACGAAAACAUUGUUGGAUGUGACUUCCAAACUCACCAGAGCACCUUCAAGAAAUGCAUCGUCACCGUCUUCAGGGAUUUGAAGGGCAAUCACAAGUUGGUGAGCAAUGGAUGCAUCCUAGCUACCAAAAACGAAGUUUUCGGAAUAUAAACAACUUAGCCUUUGAAAGAUCCAAGACACAGAUGCAGUUCAAGCUGCUUGAAGGCGACUGGUUAUAAUGUUCAAUGUGAAAGAAACCAUCUUAAGUGAAUGUUUGUAUUAAUGCGUCUUGCUUUCUAUUAAAUAAUAUGUUUAUUUAUUCCUAUGA